AUGGCCGGGGGCCGGGAGCCUCGGCGACGGCGCGCGCUGGUGUUCCCGCUGCCGUUCCAGGGCCACAUCGACCCGAUGAUGCACCUGGCCGGCGCGCCCCACGCGCGGGGCCUCGCCGUCACCGUCCUCCACACGCGCUUCAACGCGCUGCACCCCACGCGCCACCCGGAGUUCUGCUUCGUCGAGGUCCCCGACGGCAUGCCCGCCGACGUCGCCGCCGCGGGCCGGAUCAUCGACGUCAUCCUCGCCAUGAACACCGCCAUGGAGGCAUCGCCCGCGCCCGUGCGGGCCGCCCUGGUGUCCGCGAUGCUCGCGGGCGGUGACGAGGAGGCCGGGGCCGCCGCGUGCCUCUUCAUCGACGGCAACGUCCUCGCCGUGCAGCGGGUCGCCCGUUCCGUCAAGAUUAAGUUUAAAAUUCUGAUCUGA